AUGUAUACACGCAUAUGUAUAUAUACGAUAGCGAGACCUUUGCGAACACAGAAGACACCAGACCGAGCACAGAAGAGACCAGACCGAGCACAGAAGAGACCAGACCGAGCACAGAAGAGACCAGACCGAGCACAGAAGAGACCAGACCGAGCACCGAAGAGGCCAGACCGAGCACAGAAGACACCAGACCGAGCACAGAAGACACCAGACCGAGCACAGAAGAGACCAGACCGAGCACAGAAGACACCAGACCGAGCGCAGAAGACACCAGACCGAGCACAGAAGACACCAGACCGAGCACAGAAGAGACCAGACCGAGCACAGAAGAGGCCAGACCGAGCACAGAAGAGACCAGACCGAGCACAGAAGAGACCAGACCGAGCACAGAAGAGACCAGACCGAGCACAGAAGACACCAGACCGAGCACAGAAGACACCAGACCGAGCACAGAAGACACCAGACCGAGCACAGAAGACACCAGACCGAGCGCAGAAGACACCAUACCGAGCACAGAAGACACCAGACCGAUCACAGAAGAGACCAGACCGAACACACAAGAGACCAGACCGAACACACAAGAGACCAGACCGAGCACAGAAGACACCAGACCGAGCACAGAAGAGACCAGACCGAACACACAAGAGACCAGACCGAACACACAAGAGACCAGACCGAGCACAGAAGACACCAGACCGAGCACAGAAGACACCAGACCGAGCACAGAAGACACCAGACCGAUCACAGAAGAGACCAGACCGAUCACAGAAGACACCAGACCGAACACACAAGAGACCUCACUGA